AAGAGCGAAGGGUAUAGGAAAGCUUGAUAAACACAGUGGCCAGGCAGGGGAUUUCCACUUUAGCUGCUUAUAUAAAGUGGACGCAAGUUCCUUUUCCCUGUCUCCUGACUCUGCUCCUGUGAUUGUAGAGAUGGCUGCCACCCUCUGUGUGAAUGUCCAUUCUCAGCAAUGGGGGCCAAUGACCUUCCCUGCCUGCUCAGAAGACAGAGUGAAGAAGAUCAAUGAACAUGUCCGGUCUAAGAUCAAGGUUCCUGUGCAGGACCAGGUCCUCCAGCUGGGCUCGAAGACCCUGAAGCCCCAGAGGACACUGUCAUCCUAUGGGAUUGACAGGGAGACGACCAUCCACCUCACCCUGAAGGUGGUGAGGCCCAGUGAUGAGGAGCUGACCUUGGAAUUGGUGGAGUCCGGUGAUGAGGGGCAGAGGCACUGCCUCCAGGUGCGAAGGUCCAGCUCAGUGGCCCAGGUGAAAAAGAUGAUCGAGACAAAGACUGCCAUACCCCACAAGAAGCAGGUUGUGACUUGCAAUGGGAAGAAACUGGAAGAUGGGAAGAUCAUGGCAGACUAUGGCAUCAAGAAGGGCCACUUACUCUUCCUGACAUACCCCUGCAUUGGGGGGUGACCACCCUGGGGAUGGAGUGAUAUCAGGAAAAAAAGCCCUUAUUUGCUUCUUUCCCUUACUCUACAUAUCCUUUGAAAAUUUCCCCAAAUCAAUGUGAAAGCUAAAUAGAAAGAGAAGAUUUGGGGUGGAUUGGGGAGGAAGACUGUAGAAUACUUCUAACACAUUGAUUCUUUCAUUCUAACAUCGAAUAACUGGCAAAAUUGCAUAUAACAUAUUACACAUAUUGAUAUAAUAUUUUAGAAUUUGAAGGCCUAUUAGAGAUAGUGUUCAAAACCAGCUUGCUGUUUAAUCCUUUCUUGGUUCCCUCUGAUUCAUAGAAAACCUUCUAUUUCCUUCCCCAACACACAAGAUAGUACGUCUUAGGUUGUGAUCCAUGUUCUUCUUCUUCUUCUUUUUUUUUUAAAUUGGACUAUAGUUGCUUUAUAAUGUUGUGGGAGCUGCUGCUGUACAGCAAGGUGAAUUAGCCACACCCAUGUUCUUCUGAUAACUGCGUUUGCAUCUCUGUUUAGCUCAGUGCUUCUUCUAUCAUAUCACUGAAUAACCAUUGAAGCAAAUUGACUUUCUACUCAUAAAGAAUCGUGAAUUAUUUACUGUGCCAUGACUACAAUCAUAUUAAUAAAUAAUUUAGAAAUUCCAAUAAACUACUUCCCAUCUCCUUAUUUAAAGCUGCUUGUUAUGAAAUGAA